AUGAUGAAGAGCGAGCUGGGCGCCAUAGAUGAACGCAAAGCUCCCUUGUUAGAGUAUUCAUCACCCGCCGUCGGAUCCGAACAUCAAGAAGACGAAGACGAAGAUGUCGAUCUUACGCGGAGAGUCUUGGUUGAAUCCAAGAAGCUAUGGCACAUAGUUGGCCCAGCGAUCAUCAGCCGCAUCACCCCCUACUCCAUGUUUGUCAUCACCCAGGCCUUCGCCGCCAUCUCAAUCGCCAGCAAUGUCGUCGUCGUCGGCUUCAACAUCGGCCUCUUGUUGGGGAUGGCGAGCGCUUUAGAGACGCUAUGCGGGCAAGCUUAUGGAGCCAAGAAAUACCACAUGCUGGGGAUAUAUAUGCAGCGUUCUUGGAUAAUUCUCUUCAUUUGUGGAGUCCUGCUUUUGCCGGUAUACAUAUUUGCCUCUCCGAUACUGAAGCUGCUGGGACAGCCGCCGAAGGUGGCCGAACUCUCCGGCUCGGUGGCCAUAUGGAUGAUUCCGCUGCAGUUCAGCUUCGUUUUCCAGUUCCCGCUGCAACAGUUCCUGCAGAGCCAGCUGAAGACCGGCGUGAUCGCCUGGGUGUCGCUGGCGGCUCUCCUGGUCCACGUGUUCGUCAGCUGGCUGUUCGUUUACCGCCUCAAGCUUGAAGUCGUCGGUGUGGCCGUGACUUUGAACUUCUCGUGGUGGGUUCUGGUGAUCGGCUUAAUGGGUUACACCGUGUUUGGAGGGUGCCCUCUCACCUGGUCCGGCUUCUCCAUUGACGCCUUUUCUGGUCUUUGGCAGUUUGUCAAACUCUCUGCAGCUUCUGGCCUCAUGCUCUGUUUGGAGAAUUGGUACUACAAGAUACUGAUAUUGAUGACCGGAAACCUGAAGAAUGCAGAAAUAGCGGUGGAUGCUCUGUCCAUAUGGUGA